ACAGAGACCUCGUCCCUCCCUGGUCCCCACCCCACAACCUUAGUGUGCUGGGGAAAUUCAUUCAUUCAACGGUGUCUGGUUCCCCCUCUCUCUGCAGCUCCCUGCCGCUGAAGGAGAAGCUGCAGGCCCUCCAGUGCCACUUCACCUGGGACUUUGAAAUCAGGGACAAGGUGGACGCCGCUCACAUCCUCCAUACGGUGGCUCUGAGGAUUGCCCACACUCCCUACCCGAACCAGGCCGCCUACCUGGCCCUGCAGGCUUAUCUCUGCCACCUGCAAGAGCGAUAUGAGGAUGCUCUGCAAAGCCUUAAGAAAGCUGAAGAGUUCCUGGCCAGAGAUCACCCAGGUAACGUCCCCCGCCAGGCCCUGGUCAUUUACGGGAACUACGCCUGGAUCUACUAUCACCUGGCCCAUUACGACGUGGUGGAGCGUUACCUGGACCAGGUGAGCCAGAUCUGCCGCUCCCUGAACAGCCGCUCGCCAUACGCAGCUCUGAUCCCUGAGGUCCACGCACACAAAGGCUGGUCUCUCCUGGCAACCGGCUUCCGCCACGGCCAACAGGCCACAGAGUGUUUCCAACGGGCAUUGGCAGAAGACGAAGCCAAUGGGGAAUUUCUUGCUGGGUCGGCAAUCGCAGCCUUCGCCUCCUGGACCCACUCACGUGAUUUUCAAUAUAAGUUAGAAGCCAAAAAGAAGUUCAGCGCCAUUAUCCAGGAAGAGCCGCAAAACUAUGAAGCUAAGAUGUAUUUAGCCAAGAUCCUUGAGACGUGGGAUAGACCCCAGGGAGAAGCCCUGGUCGAAGAUGUUGUUCGGAAUAGCCGGGACCCCGAGGUCCUGAGAAAUGCAGCCAAGUUCUUUCAAGCUGAGUUUCCAGAAAAAGCAAUUGCUAUUCUAGAGCGAGCAAUCUCUCUGGACCCCACUUAUCACCUCCCUCACUAUGACCUGGGUCGUUGCUACAAACAACAACUGGCGGCGGCCGAGACGGACAGGAGAGAAGAAAUCGUAGUAGCGGGUACGGAGGCCUUCAAGAUGGCUGUGCAGAAAGAUCCCGCCUCUGUGUUUGCAAAGCUGGCGCUAGCUGAAAUGUACGGAGAAAAGACACCUGAGUACCAAGAGGAGAUUUACCUCAACCUCCUGAGCGAGGUGUCCACCCUCAGCAAGAGGUGCCAGCAGGCCGUCUACCUUGGCUUUGGGGACUUCCUCUUCUACACACGGAAGUCCCUGCCCGAGGCAGCUGAGAAGUACAAAGCCGGUUUUGCCAUCGCAGGCAGCAUCUGGGAGAAAGAAACACUGAGAAGAAGGCUGCAAGAGGUGGCAGACGAAUUCCAGCAGCGCUCCCAGACCACCGAGGCUGCAGCCAUACAGCAUGUCCUGCAACGGAACACAAGUCCCAACUACAGGAAUUACUCCACUCGUGGCCGGAGCUGGAGACUGGAGAGGCAGUGAAAAUGGGGGAAUCCACCAGCAGCGCGGGACUCCUGCAUUUGGAGAGGCCCCCUCACACUGCCCCCUGCUCCUCUCCAAGGCCCCACCCUGCUCAGCCUCCUCCCCAGGGCCCCACCCACACUGCCCCCUGCUCCGACCCAAGCUCUGCUCCCUCCCUCCCCGCCCUGCCAUUCUGACCUGUCUGCCUACUUCCCCCCUCCCUGUCACUCAGGCCUCAGGGUGGUCCUUGGUGGAGGGGCAGUGCAGGGGAGGCUGUGGGGUCAGAGAAGGAGCCAGUCAGGCCUCGGUGGCAGAGCGCGGAGGGUCCACCGCCCGGGCACCCUUCCAGCAGUAGCAGCCUUGGGACCCUCCCCCACCCCAGUGUGUUCCCUCUGCAACACAUCUCCCUGUGCACCCUGGUGAGAUCUGCCUCUGGCUCUGUGCACCCUGCCUGCAGCCAGCAACGCGGACAGUUCCCUCACUGAUGCAGUACACACACCCCCACUCACAUUCCCAGAUAGACACACACUCAUACUCAUUCACACACACACACACAUACACAGACUGACACAUGCACACACACAGAGACACACACACACAGACUAUUUCCAAAUAGAUUCGAAAUAAGCUACGCAAUUUGCAUAUCUUAUUUCUAGUUUCGAGUACUGUGGUCCUUGGGGGAGAGGGCAGUGCAGGAGGAGCCAUGGGGGGAGACGAGGAGCCAGAGUCGGACUGCAACACAUCUCCCUGUGCACACACUCACACUCACACUCAUACUCACACUCACACACGAACACACGAACACAGACCCACACACAUAAGCAAUUUCGAAAUACUUUCAAAACAAGCUACAUAAUUUGCGUUUCUUAUUCUGAGUUUCGGGUUUCAGGUGCUGUGUAGACGCACCCCAACAGAGCUACUGAUUAGAAGUGUAUAAGAGUCCUUAGCGCCUGUCAUAACCAGGAGAAUUGACCAGCAGCCUCAUGGCUAAGGGGCAUACCUAGCCAGGUCUAUGGUCAGCCGAUAGUAAUGCAGGAGGGAUUUCAAACUGGAACAAAGGAAUUUUUAUCUUUUCCCUCCUUUGUCUGAGUCAGAACAGUUUCUCCAGGUACUAAGGGAGACAGAAAGACACUUCUGUCCCCAAGAAGGACUUCUUACAUGUGUAUGUAAGGAAAAGUUUAGCUAGUCCAUCAGGUUUUAUUGUUUUCUGGUUUGGGAAUUUGGAACUGAGGUCUGUGCUAUUAACCAUGUUUUUUUCUUUUUCUUUGUUUAACAGUGUUUUUUCCUCUUUUGCAAUGAAGCUUCCAAACCCAGGGCAUUUUGUCUGAGUGUAUCAAUUUGGUGGCUCUUACCAUCUUGCCACCUCAACUAUGCUCGCAACUGCAGUUUUCUUUUGAUAAUAAAAGCUUGUUUUCU